UAAAUCAAGUAAUAAAUUUAAUACAUAUUCGCACUUCUUGCCUUCUUGGGUCAUGGCCACUUGCUCAACGUUAGCCAGCGCUUAGGACCACUUUUAUCCAGCAAACCCAAAGAUUUAGUCAAAGAUGAUGGUCUCAUUCGCGGGCGAGGAAAGGAUUCUCUCCUCCAGCCCAUCAACACAAACUCCGAGCGCCGAUCUCGUCUCUACCUCUACUCCCAUUCAUUCCAGAAGCCUAGCCCAGAUACACACAAUGCUGUCAAUCUAUUGUUGGGCAGGGAAAACUGCUCACAGAUGCUCAAAUCAAACAUCCAGCGAAAAGAGCUUUACUCAAGACUGCAACUUAACUGCCGAACACUUGGCCACCUCUCAUAGCCAUGGUCACAACGCCAAUGGAAGCUGGAGAGUACAAUGAUCCCGCUGCAUGAGUUUGGAAAAGAUAUGAGGAUGAUAUUUACUAACUCUAAAAAUUACAACACUAACAGAAAAACAAUGGUCUACUCUAUGUCUGUGCGUCUGUCCAACUUUUUUGAAAGUGGUUUUGUCAUCCUAUACUCAAUGAAUGGAGGGCACAGCAGAGAAAAUCUGUCAGAACGGCUAAUGGCUUGUCCAAAAGACCAACUAGAUCUGCAGUUGUUAAAAAUAGUGCUGUCAAGAAGUCAGGUUCUACCUCAUCAAAUAGUUCCAUGGCCAAUACUAGAGCAGCCAGAUCUGCACACCUGAAUGGAGUGACAAGACGGCUAAAAAUCUCGAGUGACUCUGAGGGAAGUGUGGCCAGCAAAGUGAGCAGAAACAAAAUGCCUGUAGUGUCUCCUGACCCUUCCAGUAGCACAUCUUUAAGAAGCCUGGCAUCCUCAAAAUUGAUUAACGGGUCCUCAAAGCGUGCUGGUCCAUCAAAAACAAAAGUUGCCCAAAUCAAAAGUUCUUCGAGUGACGACGAAGAUGAAGUUGAUGUUGGAGGCAGUUCGCCUGGGGAAAGCCAACCAGAGUCUGCAAAUGUGGCCCCUGAUGAUGUAAAUGAAGAGGAAUCUGCAGACGAAGAUGUCUCUGAGGAAGAAAUUGAUUCUGAUGAUCAUUCGGAUGAUGAAGAUUAUGGCACCAAAAUGAGAUCAAAGAGACCUGCAAGAGCUGCUACUAAAAGGAAAGUUCCGAAAACAGAGAGUGAUGAUUCAGGUAGCACCAUCGAACCACAAAAGAGACCAAAACGAAGUGUACCAAUCAAAAAGCCUUCAAGUGGUAGAAAUCGCCGUCAACUCAAGGCUGUUUCAUAUCAAGAAUUCAGUGAAGAGGAGGUCCAAGUUAGGAAGUCAUCUCGCACCAAGAAUAGAAUUUGCAUCCCCUCUGACAGUGGUGGAGAGGAAGAAGAAGACGAUGAAAAUGAGCAGCCUGCUGUCAGUGUCAGCAGCCGAGGAAGGAUCAGGAAACUAACAGAAAAAGGGCGAAGUGUUUUUGACUGACACUAGCUGAACUUCCAAAUUAUGUUAAUUCUAGUAAAUCAUUCCUGCUCAGCGCAGAUUGUAUUAGUUUGUAAUAUUUUUGAUAAGGUAGCGUGGAGAUGAGAGUUUGGAAAAUUUCCUCAAAUAGAGAUACGACUCACUGCCACUAUGUGAUCGCCCCUUAUUCAAAUGAGUUUUUAAUUUAAAAAAUGAAUCUGAUAAGAUUGUUGUAAAAAGUUAUUCUGUUAAUGCGAUAUGAUGCGCUCCAAGAGUUGACUGGACUCUCAAAUCAUUUCUGGUAUUUAUUUUCCUGAAUUUGGUACUGCCUUGCCAGAUAAAAUCUCAAGUUAAUUCCCAACAUCAAAUAAAAGCAAGACUGAGCCAACAUAAUUAACAUUUUCUUACAUGUUUCUGAUCUCUGAAACAUAGCAGUCAGUAUUGCUUCAUUUUUGCAGUGCAUCGUACAAAAAUAAAUCAAUGCGUACAUUUCUA